AUGUCGAAACCAGUAGGCCACGAGGAGUUCUUUGCCUCCCUUACAACCCUCCUAACAACCACCUCACAAAAAGCCCGAGGCUCCGUUUACCUCACCCAGAAACCUCUUCUCCCCACGUCCGAAGACCAAACUUCCACCACAACCAGCCCACCAUCCAUCCUCAUCCGCGCAACGGACGGAAAUACCAACGCGCCGAACCCGAAGACACCUACAGACAGGAAGAAGAAGAGCAAGGAAUCGAAAGUCAAGUUGUCGACUGUUGUGCAGCCGGAAGAGCUCGAGACGUUUUAUGCGCGAUAUGCGGAGGUGUGUAAGGCGGGGAUGACGGGGUUGAAGAAGCGGGAUCGCAAGCAGAAGAAGGCGAAGGGGAAGGGUGGGGCAGGGAAGGUCGCGAAGGCUUGA